CAUGCAAAAGGGGUUCUCUGUUCUCUAUCCGUCUGGUGAUGGUACUAAGUUAAUCUUGCUCUUCGGCAAUUAUUGCAUGACCUUUGAAAGGGAGGGACAUAGAAGCCUAGUUCUCAUACAACAACACGCAUAUAAUGCAAAGAAGGGCAGAAAGUGUGAGUUGCAAUAUCUGUUAGUUGGUUUCGAGAUGGCUGGAACACCCAACUGCCAAACAUCCCUCAGCCACAACCACAAGAGUUGCUCCAAUGGAGAAGCCGAAUUGGUCAAGGCCGUUUGUGUGUGCUGCAGCAUGUGUGAGGAGUGCACCAAGGGCUAUGUUGGGACAGUGCAGGAUCGUUUCUGCGGGGUUUGGGUGUGCGGGCUUUGUGCAGAAGCCAUCAAGGAAGAACAGGCAAAGCUUGGAGUCAGUGUCGAAGCAGCGCUCAAAGUGCACAUCUCCCUCUGUGCAAGGUUCAAUGAAAUGGCCAAGAUCGAUCCUAGAAUCCACAUCGCCGGCUCCAUUCUUCAAAUACUCAAGAAGAUAGUGGGCUGCCAAACCACCCCUUCUUCACCAACAUUCACCAUCACUAAGCCCCGUAGUGAAGCUAAGGAGACACUAUAAAUCAAGCUUUAGGUUUCUUGAUCUUUCUAGCUAGGAAAGUUCCAACUGCAGCAAAUUUUCUUUCACUGACAUUUUGUAAGCAUGUUUUGACAUUAACCACUUGUAAAGCCUAUACCUCUUAAGCAGGAAAAUUUGCUCGAUGUUUCACCUGUACAUCUACGAAUAUCUUGGAACUGAAUGCAGUUUGGUGCAUUGCAGAAGAGCACCAUGCUGGAUCAUGGAAAAGGAUAAAUCAACGUUGCAUGUUCUUAGA